CAAAUACAACUAACUUUAAAACCAAAUCAAAAGAAAAAAACAAAAACAAUAAACGUAAAUAAUGACAACAUAGCUAAACAAUCAAACAAAAUUGGAACGCCCGCCACGGAGACUAUGUUGAACGGAAACAAAUCGGAAUAAGCCGUACGCAUAGUGAUCGGAAACAAUUCCGUUCCCCACCACUUGGAGGAUCCGUUUUUGACCGACAAUCUAAACGGAUCUGUUUCCGUGAACAGAUGAAGACUGUGUUGUGCUUGAACAUUCAAAACAACACACAGUCAAGAUCCAACAAUAGCAGACGACUUAGACUGUCGUCAUUUUUCGCGACUGUCGAUAGACCCGGUUAGUUUGCAUAAUUACCGGUGCUUGUUAUUCUCUUGCUUUGCUUUUAUCCUAUCCAAAUUUCGUAACAAUAAUUCAUAGAUAUUUUUAUAAAUAGUGUAUGUACCUAGCGGGACCCAAAUCCCGAAUUGCGACCCCUGAGACAACGCAACUAAUACCAGAUUGAUUCGACAGAAAAUGAAACCGAAUCCUCGGCUAUCAAGGGCUCUAAGAGCUUUCACAAAUCUCAGUUCCCCUAUUUGUGGAAAAUUGACUGACACGUCAUCCCAUUAUUUAAGUGAGCUUAGGAUAAAACAGCAAGAGCAAGACAACAAGAUCACAUGGACAAAGUUAGCUAGUGAAUUGGAAAAAUCAGGGAAAAGUUCAACAGAAAUUAGAGGAUUGUUAAGUCCUCUUCGACAGGUGGCCCAAAAAAUAAUGGGUGAUGAUUGUGGAACAAAGGUGAUAGAGGACUGUGCAAUCAGCCUCCUAUUAUUCUUCUUCGAGAUGGAGAAUGUCACCCCAAAAAGUUUGUCCUCUUUUGGUUUUGGAGUAAUUGACCUUUCACUUGGGAAGGAGACACUGAAAAUUGUUAGAAACUUAAUAAGCAAGUUACCGGAAACUGUGCUGAAAUACCUGAAGAGUGAAAACUCUGAAGAACCUGUAACAGAGUUUGGUAAAGAUGUAAAAGUUUAUCCAAUCGACGAGCUCUCCGAAAAUGGUGUAGACAUGCUUAUGGACUGGGGAAAUACUGCUAGCAAUUUUGAUGGACUUACAAAAAAAGAUAUUAGCUUCAAAUGGGAAGAUUCGAAAACAAACGACAGCAGGAUAUUUGAGCGAAAAGUACAUGGUCGUGGUUGGCUUGAACAACAGCUAGCUCUUUCUGGUGGCAAUUCUCUCAAUAUUCCAAUCACCGAUCUCGUGGAUUCUAUUAUGAGCGUUAUAUGUUCUAAUAAGUCGGACGACGAAUUACAAACGGAGUUCUUUGAUUUACUGGGAUUCGAUCGAUUUGAGCUAAUACAAGACCUCCUAGAAAACAGAAAGGAAAUGAAAAAGGCAGAAAAGUCAAUUGCCACUCAAGUUGCCAUAGCUUCGUCGAAAGUAAAACCUUAUUCUGCGGGUCCCGUCAUCAGUGGGCAAGUGCUUGUUCAAUCGGCGCAGGAAAAAGAUUUGAUGAAACAGAUACGAAGAGAAGAAAAGCGAUUUCAGAAGCUACGUCAAGGAUAUGAAAAUGACGUCGAAGAGGCUGCCUCCAUGAAGAUGUUCCAAGAACAACAGCUGGUGGUAGCUUCCACACUUCCCAUAAUGAAACAUUCCGCUAGUAGAACAGUCAAAUAUCCUAACGUUUAUGAUUCAAUAGCCGAGGCAAAGCAAUCUUCUGCUUUUGUUGGUGGCAAGAAAAUGGCCUUACCAGAAUCUGCGACACGCACUAACACUUCGAGAUAUGAAGAAAUCAAUAUUCCUCUUACAGAACCAGCUCCAACUGAAGUUGGAAACCAAUUGAUUCCUAUCGCUUCAUUAGAUGACAUUAGCCGAAAGGCAUUCGCCAAUUGUAAAAAUCUUAACAAGAUCCAAACAGUGGUAUUUGAAACCGCUUACCGAACUAACGAAAAUAUGUUAAUUUGCGCCCCAACCGGAGCUGGUAAAACUAAUAUUGCUAUGUUAACCAUCUUGCAACAAGUCAAGCAGUACAUCACUAACGGAGUCCUUGAAAGAAAAGAUCAGUUUAAGAUAGUUUAUGUGGCGCCAAUGAAAGCUCUUGCAGCUGAGAUGGCAGAGAAUUUCGGAAAACGUUUGGCCCCAUUAGGUCUAGUGGUUCGUGAAUUGACGGGUGACAUGCAGUUGACAAAGUCCGAAAUCAUGGCAACGCAGAUGCUCAUCACUACGCCCGAGAAGUGGGACGUGAUUACUAGGAAAAGCACGGGAGAUAUUGCGUUGACGCAGUUAGUAAAGUUACUAAUUAUUGACGAAGUUCACCUCCUCCACGGUGAUCGUGGCCCAGUAGUCGAAGCUCUUGUGGCACGGACACUGCGCCAAGUGGAAUCUUCGCAGAUGAUGAUUCGAAUCUUAGGGCUUUCAGCUACUCUGCCCAACUACGUUGACGUGGCACAAUUUCUACAUGUCAAUCCGUACAAGGGCCUUUUUUACUUCGAUUCCCGUUUUCGACCCGUGCCUUUAUCCCAAACAUUCAUCGGCGUCAAAGAGGUUAAUCCGAUGAGACAGAUGCAACAGAUGGAUUUCGUUUGUUACGAUAAAGUCGUUGCCAUGGUGCAACAGGGGCACCAAGUGAUGGUGUUUGUUCAUGCCCGUAACGCCACGCUCAAAACUGCCCAGACUUUAAGGAUGCAAGCGCAGGAGAAAAACCAAUUACACUUGUUUCAACCGGAGAACAAUAGUGGUUUCAAUACAGCCAUGAAGAAUGCCGGAAAAUCAAGGAAUAGGCAUCUGGUCGACUUAUUGAAAGAUGGAUUCGCUAUACAUCACGCUGGAAUGUUACGAAGUGACCGAAACCUUGUCGAAAAAAUGUUCAGCGAUGGAAUGGCACGAGUUUUAGUAUGCACAGCUACUUUGGCGUGGGGUGUAAAUUUACCCGCUCACGCAGUCAUCAUCAAAGGCACUGAGAUCUACGACGCCAAACAUGGAUCGUUUGUCGAUAUUGGCAUCUUAGAUGUUCUACAGAUUUUUGGCCGUGCCGGGCGUCCCCAAUUUGACAAAUCUGGGCACGGAACAAUCAUUACUUCGCACGACAAGCUAGCCCACUACCUUUCGUUGCUAACGUGCCAGUAUCCUAUCGAAAGCAGUUUCGAAAAAUCCAUGACCGACAACCUUAACGCCGAGAUUACGCUUGGAACAGUUGCCAAUGUCGACGAAGCCGUCCAGUGGCUAAGUUACACCUAUCUCUUCAUUCGGAUGAGAAAAAACCCCAUCGCUUACGGAAUCAACCUUGAACAAAUCUUUGACGAUCCGCAAUUGGGAGGAAAACGCCGAGAAUUAAUUGUCCUAGCUGCCCGUGCAUUGGACAAAGCCCGAAUGAUCCGUUUCGAGGAAAAGACGGGUAUGUUGCACGCUACCGACUUGGGUCGAACAGCCAGCCAUUUUUACAUCAAGUAUGAUACCGUCGAAAUAUUUAACGAGCUAAUGCAUCCUGCUAUGAAUGACGCCGAAAUCUUCGGACUGAUCUCUAUGGCGACAGAAUUUGAUCAGCUCAAAGUGCGCGAUGACGAACUAGAUGAACUUGAUGAUUAUCUGCAUACGUACUGUGAAUUGCCUGUCAGUGGCGGCAGUGAAAAUAUUCACGGUAAAGUGAACAUUUUGAUGCAAACUUACAUCUCGCGUGGCCCCGUCAACUCAUUUAGUUUAAUAUCCGAUCAAUCGUUUAUUGUUCAAAAUGCGUCUCGUAUCGCUCGCGCGCUCUUUGAGAUUGUAUUACGCAAGAACUGGCCUCUGAUGUCCGGAAGAGUACUGCGUGUUUCCAACAUGAUCGAACAACGAGUGUGGGACUCGCAGCAUCCGUUACGGCAGUUUGCCACUCUUGGUCAAGACAUUCUCAUUAAGUUGGAAGAGAAGAAAUUAUCACUUGAGCGACUGCGUGAAAUGGACAGCAAAGAAAUUGGAUUUAUGAUUCAAAAUCAGCGAUCGGGACCGAUCGUGAAACGGAACGCGUCAGAAUUCCCUUAUUUAGAGGUGGAUGCCACUGUUCAACCAAUCACACGAACGGUAUUACGUAUCCGGCUUUGCAUCCGGCCUGAUUUCCGCUGGAACGACAGAAUCCACGGCCUCUCGUCUGAACCCUUUUGGAUGUGGGUAGAGGAUCCUGAAAACAAUACGACAUAUCAUUACGAGUCUAUUUCGCUAAGCAAGAAGCAAGUAACUCGCAGAGAAGAGCAAGUGAUUGUGUUCACCAUCCCCAUUUUCGAACCACUACCAUCGCAGUACUACAUCCGCAUAGUCAGCGAUCGUUGGCUUCGCUGCGAAACUACUUUCCCAAUCUCGUUCCAACAACUCAUCCUUCCCGAACGCCAUCCUCCACAUACGGGAUUGCUAGACCUGAAACCGUUGCCUGUCACUGCGCUAAAGAAUCCAGAGUGGCAAAGCCUCUACUCGUUUCCAUAUUUCAAUCCCAUUCAGACCCAGCUAUUCCAUGUUUUGUAUCACACUGACCAUAACGUCUUGUUAGGCGCACCAACUGGUUCGGGAAAAACCAUUGUGGCUGAGAUUGCAAUGUUCCGUGUCUUUCGGGAAUACCCUAAAAGCAAAGUGGUUUACAUUGCCCCCAUGAAAGCGCUGGUUCGCGAGCGAAUGGAAGAUUGGCGAGAACGUUUAGGCCGUCGACUGGGCAAGAAUGUCGUAGAAUUGACUGGAGACGUCACACCUGACGUCAGGGCCAUAAGUCGGGCGGACGUGAUUGUUACUACGCCGGAAAAAUGGGACGGUGUGAGUCGAUCUUGGCAAACGCGUGAUUAUGUUCGCGCUGUUGCGCUCAUCAUCAUCGACGAAAUCCAUUUGCUGGGUGAAGAUCGUGGCCCGGUUCUAGAAGUCAUCGUGUCCCGUACCAAUUUCAUUGCGUCGCACACUGGCCGUUCUCUACGCCUUAUCGGUCUGUCUACUGCCGUGGCGAAUGCUCGUGAUUUGGCUGAUUGGCUCAACAUUGGACAAGUGGGACUCUUUAAUUUCCGACCAUCCGUCCGUCCUGUCCCAUUAGAAGUUCACAUCUCCGGGUUCCCAGGCAAGCAUUAUUGCCCUCGUAUGGCUACGAUGAAUAAACCAACGUUCCAGGCCAUCAAGCAACAUUCUCCAGAUAAGCCGGUGUUAGUGUUUGUCUCGUCUCGACGUCAGACAAGGUUGACAGCCUUGGAUUUGAUUGGUUAUCUAGCGGCAGAAGAUAGUCCUCGACAGUUUGUUCGUAUGCCAGAAAGAGACAUGGAACAACUAACCAUUUCCAUCAAGGAUCCAAAUCUCAAGUUGACUCUUUCGUUUGGUGUCGGCAUCCAUCACGCUGGUCUGACAGAGAAAGAUCGUCGUUUGGUGGAAGAGUUGUUUGUCAACCAAAAAAUUCAAGUGCUGAUUGCCACGGCAACGUUAGCCUGGGGUGUCAACUUUCCUGCCCAUCUUGUCGUCAUCAAGGGCACCGAAUACUACGAUGGAAAAUCGCGUCGCUACGUUGAUAUGCCCAUCACUGAUGUCUUGCAGAUGAUGGGUCGAGCAGGACGACCACAAUACGACGAUCAUGGAGUUGCUUGUGUUUUUGUGCACGACAUCAAAAAAGAUUUUUACAAAAAGUUUUUGUAUGAACCGUUUCCAGUUGAAUCUAGUUUGCUGGACGUGCUACCGGAACAUCUUAAUGCUGAAAUUGUCGCGGGAACGAUUUGUUCCAAACAGGAUUCUAUUGACUAUCUAACGUGGACGUAUUUCUUCAGACGAUUGCUCCAAAAUCCCGCUUAUUAUGGUCUGGAACAACUGGAACCUACCGAUGUCAAUCGCUAUUUGACAUCGUUGAUUCAGCGCUCACUCUCGGUUCUCGAAGCUGCUUCAUGUACCGAAAUCGAAGAAGAUGGUCGUGUGGCGCCCACUUCACUCGGCCGGAUUGCUUCCUAUUAUUACCUGAGCUACCACACGUUGCAAUUGUUCCGCGAUCGGCUGAAUCAAGAUACAACAUUGGAAGAUCUGUUGUCCAUUUUGAGUGAUGCGCACGAGUAUAGCGAACUCCCUGUUCGCCACAAUGAGGACCUGCUCAACACCGAACUGGCCAAGAAAUGCGUUCUGCCCGUCAAUCCUUACACCUAUGAUUCGCCGCACACCAAAGCUCAUUUGCUCUUCCAGGCUCAUUUUUCGCGGCUGAGUUUACCUUGUGCCGAUUAUGCCACUGAUACCAAGUCAGUGCUGGAUCAAGCCAUCCGUAUUUUGCAAGCCAUGAUGGAUGUGUCGGCUGAAGGUGGUUGGCUGGCCACUACGUUGCGUAUCCAGCAACUACUCCAGAUGGUCAUUCAGGCUUUAUGGAUAGAUGAUCCAGCUGUUCUGAUGCUUCCGCAUUUCAACACGUUCAUUUUACCUGUCCUUCGAACCCGCCAAGAGCAGCUAAUGCAUUUGCCCGUUUUGCAAAAAGCCUUUGCCGUGGACUUUGCAAAACUGUCUAAUUUACUGAGCAUGGACUUGAGCCCAGAUCAAAUCCAGGAAGUGCGUCAAGUUAUUUCCAAUUUACCCGUCAUCGACAUUUCAAUGUCCGUUUUAUGGGGAACAACAUCAACGCCUCUGUCCAUCAUCCCCAACUGCGGGCUUCAUGAUGCGAAAUGGAUUGAUGUACCCGCAGAUCAAGAGUGCCUUUUGGACAUAACUUUCGCUCGUCAGAGCCUGUUGGAGGCCACUCCUGUUGUCACGGGAGGGGCUCGUCCUAAAAAAUCUGCCAGUGUGCAAUCUGUGGCUGCUGACAACGGGACCAACCAAACGGGCCGCAGCCGAUCUGUUUAUGCUCCUAAAUUUCCAAAAUCGAAAGACGAAGGAUGGUUUUUAACUCUUGGCUCGGUUGAGAAACAAGAAUUGUUAGCACUGAAACGUGUAACUUUACCGAGAAUCAAAUGCUCCCAUCAGUUGAGUUUCACAACUCCUAAGAAACUCGGUCGACUGAUGUUGACAUUUUAUUUCAUGUCAGACAGCUAUGUCGGUCUGGACCAGCAAUAUACCGUCUACCUAAACGUUUGCAAAGCCAAACGCACCGAAUUCGAUGAUUACGAGGCGGAUAACGAUAUCUACGGCAACAAGAUUGAAUGAAACUGUGAUGACUCUUUUUUCCCGACCGUCCCUAGGAUGAAUUAAUUCCCUUUAUUAUUUGUUGAAACUGUGAUGGCUGUUGUUGAAAAUUCCUUUGCAACCGGAAAAGUGGACACGUUGUGCAAGAACCAAUAUUUUAUGUUGUUCAUUUGCAUAAACAGGGAAUAAAGAAACGGCUGCAAGAAAAAUUCCGAAAAAAUAUUGAAUCUCCUCAAUGAUUUCGUAGCCGGAAUCGGCUUAUCAAAAGUACAACCAAUAAGAAAAAGUCGAGAGCGAUGGACGGAAGAAAACAAAAAGAAAAGAAAAACUAGUCUUCGAACAUAAUUGACGGAACGAGAAAAACGUGUCGCGACUGCUUAAACGAAAUUCGCACGAUGUGUUACGUACGAGACCGCAUCUCAGGAUCGUGACUGCAGUUGAUGGUCAACAACCGGCGUUGUUGAAUGGAGGCUGGCGAUCAAUAAAAACCACGAUUUUCUUUUUCUCCCAUAAAGGUAGUUUUUAAAAGAACGAUUAGAUAUUCGUUUUUCUUUUCUUUAAAUAGAUACCCGGAUCACUGGAUUCCCAAACGGACCGAAAAUGCUGUGGGUACGUACAUCCGCGUGGAAACUAACAAACAUCUCAACCUGGGGCCACCAUAGGUUGAGAUAACAAUCACCUGACUCGAGCGCUUGUGCAUUCCUUUGAGACAGCAGCCACGAUAGUAGAAUAAAUCAACUGUCAGACCAAUCGGUACAGCUGUCUGUUCAUCCGAAGGAUCUUUCUAUAGCUGUCGGAUUAUCAGCCGGACAAAAAGACUACGAAGUUCUUUUUGCUGCUACAACAUGCCGCGUUCAUCGCCCGUCUGCUGGAAGCUGCUGCAGCUUUACGUGGUGUCUCAGCUGUACCUCAGCUGUGACGCAGCUGUAAACAUGUGCUUCGCCCCAUGUUUCACUCAUGGAUAAAUUGAGGCUGCAGGUGUCUUGAACCGUCAGUCUCGGUUUAGUCGCGCUCCACCUCCUUUACAGCAAGCACAUAGCAUUCCGCGGUUGCAUAUCCAGCCAUGAAGAUCUUUAUUAUGACAAUUUUUCUGGCCGCCGCGUCAGCUGGGCCCGUUCCAAAAGCAUUUGGUAUCGGUGGCAUGAGGGUGGGACAAACGCAUUACGUUCCUUAUCCAGGGUUCUUUGCGGAUGUUAACAAUCCCGUCCAACCACAACAGCAGCUCGUGCCGCUACCUGGUGAUUUCAUCGUGGAACAGCUGCCGGUCUCGAAUUUUGGCGGUCCAGUCUCGAAUUUUGGCGGUCCAGUCGCAAUGAACGGUGAACGUAACGGCGAACAACAGGGAAUUCAACUGAUGUUAACUGUCCCUUCUGCCAUUCCUCCUGGCACGUCUGUCUCCGUCACUGUCAAUGUCAAUUCGGAGGCAAACGGUGGCACAGUGGUUUCCGUAUCCAAUCCAGUGAUUUCUACUCCUGCUGCUGCUUCUCGUCCCCCAGUAACACCGCAACAAGCAGAAGCCAUCAUCGUGGACGCAAACGGAACAAAUAAAGAGCCACCAACCGCCGGCUUGUUGCCCGACGAAUUCGAUCAACGUGAACCCCCAAUGAUGUUCUUACCACCGUUUGAAAAUUCAAAAGACUCACCAGUGUUGGUCGCAAUGCAAGGUGAAGCCCAGCAGCAACAAUUGGCAGCGCUGCUGAAGACGAAAACCAUCUAAUGAGGUUGAAUUGCGUGCCUGACGUCGCUCAUCACAAUCAAUUCGGAAUAUCAUCUCGGCUCUCCGGCAGCUUUAAUCACAACUCUACCAUUUUACUAUUCCAUUUUUUCUAGCUAUCUUGCGUGUGCGUGAACAAAACAGUUGAUGAAUUAAUUAAUGUGGAAACCAUAACAAAAAGCGCUCGGGCUGAAAAAUUCCGGACGCGUAGCUAUAGAAGAUCAACGACGCAUUAAACUUUAAAAGUUUCUUCUUGCAUGGAUUUGCGACACCCGACUGACGAUUUUCCCUUCUUAACUAAAUUCGUUUCAUUUUACUAAAACAAUCUGAAAACAGAGGCACAAAAAAAAAAGGAAAAACAAAAAAAAAUAAGAAAAACAAAAAAACAAAAAAAGAGGAAAAAGAAGGCAAGUACGAAUUUUGGACAAUGUUAGCGUAUUUUACCGUGCCAUUAUGCGCUACAUUCUACGGCUGUAUUGACUACAGAUAAUUUUUAGCUAAAGUUUAACCAAUUGAUGUUACAACCAUUUGCGAUAAAAAAAACUUCUGACAAUUUGUAUUGAGUCCCAUUGGCUUACAUUCAUUGCAAAUUUGUGUGCUGGACUAGAAUCGGAAUGAUACAACACUUGCCAGCAAA